GCGUUUACACAAAAAAGCCGGGAGAAUUUUGAUUCCAUGUGAUUUUAAAAGUAUCUAACUCUAUCUUGUCGGUUACGUGUGGUAGAAUGCAUAAAUCCAGCUGGUCCGGUGGUCACACCGAGUCGAUAUUGUCUUUGGACGUAAAUGCAGACGGGAUUCUAUCGUCAGGGGGUGAAGAUUGUUUGUGUGUCUGGACCAAAGAUGGCUCACCGAACAUCAAGGUCAAUCCAUCGGGCGAAAAGAGGGAAAUAACCAGUGUUUGCUUCUCCCCGUGCUACCCUGAACAGCUCUACGCGUCAUCGGAAACAAAAAUUUACUGCUAUGAUCUGAGAAACUUAUCGAGUUCAACUCUAGAGUAUGAUGUAAACGAGGAUGAGAUAAACCAAUUAGCCGUUCACGACAAGGGACGUUAUCUAGCGGCAUGUGAUGACACUGGUACUAUCAAGGUGAUUGACUUGCAGGAGAAAAGACUCUUUAAAACUUUAUCUCGAGUUCACACUAACAUCUGCUCGACUGUGCAGUUCCGUCCCCAUCGUCCCUGGGGUCUAGUCAGCGGAGGCAUGGAUUAUCGUGUUGCACACUGGGAUUUCUCCUCAGGGAGGGUUUUACAUGAAGUGAAUGUCCAGGAAAUAGCUGAGGUCCAGGAAGCAGGUGGUUACCUGAUCAAUCCACCAUUUGUCCACUCUGUUCAUGUGCCUGGAAAUGGAAGGAAGGUUGCUGUGGGAUUAGAGGAUGGGAGCAUACAGAUUUUCAGUUUUGAGGGCAAGAAGAACAUUGCCCCAUGGGCUCGACUUAAAAAACACACACGUGCUGUAUGCCAAGUUCAUUUCCCAAGGUUUGGAUCCUUAGGAGAUAAUGUUCUCAUUUCUGGUGGUAAUGAUGAACAUAUUAUUGUUUGGAAAUUGUGGAAUAGACAAUCUGAGAAUGGACAUGGGGAAAGCAGCGGAGCAUCAACAGAAGAUAGUAUGCCACAUGUGCUACAGGAUGUCACCCAUGGCUCUAAAGUGAACUGGAUUACUUCACCUUAUAAUGAUAAAAAGUUUUUUGUUGGGGAUCAAACUAACAUAGUAUCACUAUAUGCAUUGACUGGGUAGGUGAUGAUGCAGGGGCAUUCCUGGGCUGUUUUCAGCUUAUGGGUAAAAAAGCUUUCCAAAAAAUUCUUGUUUUCCCCUCUAAUGACAGUAUUGUAGUCAAGACAACCCUCAAAAUAACCGUCAUCUUUUACUAUGCCAAAUUGUUAUGAAACACAUUCACAUUUGACAUUUUAUUUAUGAAUAACAGGUUCGGUGAACGAAUAAAUACUUCUGAAUUUAUUACUAUCAAUAAAAGUAAUAUGCCAUUCAAGAGCUUCACCUAAACUGUCAGACAACUUCAAAUAGAGAGCUACCUCUACAGCUAUGUGAACUUGUUCAAAUUCAGCAUUGUAACUGGCUGUAGAUAUAUAACAGACGUGAAUGCAUUCAGAUUUGUUAACAUUGCCUAUUCAUGUUCAAUGUGAAAGCUCAGUUUCGGGGUCAAAUUGGAAUGUUUAUAUUCUCUAAUUAUAGAAUGGUUUUCAUAAACCACAGUACACACAUUAGCAAACUAUACUUUCUGAAGCUCAAACCCUUUUUUUUACAAUUUUUACCAUAACAGAAUCAAUUUGAAAAUUGCACAAUUGUGAAAUGUCAUGUCAAGACAAUUUUCUAGUCAGGUAACAAUGACAAUUCACAAUAUCCCAGGGUCAAUAAACACACCAAUGCUUACAAGAUAGGAGUGUCAAAUCGAAGCUCUCUUAACUUAUUUACUGUAUUAGCCCCAACACAAAUUGGCACGUAUAUCGAACACAGUCAAUUAGUGACUGUCACACAGUGCUACAAAUAGGAAGGAAAUGGAACAGUUAUGUUGUCAAUAAAAUCACACAUUACAUACUC